AUGGAUUUGAAUAAACCACCACCUGAAAUAUUAGAUGGAGCAAAUAUAUUAUAGACUAUUGAAAAAAUUGAAAAGGAAUCUGCAGUCGAAGCUGCAACCAGAUUUGCUGCUUUAGCUGAAUAAUAAGAAACAUAGAAGAAUUAUAAACAAGCAGAAGAAUCUAAUCAUAAAGCUAGUCUUUACUAUCUUGAAGCUAUGGCCAUGAUGAAAUAACAGCCAUAAUUUGAUAGUGAAGCUUUGAAAACUCUCGAGAUUCUAUCUGAGACUCAUAGAAGAAAGGGAAAGCUAUUGGCAAUGAGAAAGGAUUGGGGUGUUGCUUCUGUCAGAAAUAAAGUAAAUUAGAUGAUCAAAAAUUAAGAGCAACUUAAAAAAGCUACAAAUAAUUAAUUCUUGAAUAGUGGUGCUACCAGUGUACUUCUUGAAAAAGAAAAACUGGCUAUUAUUGAGAGAGAGCGUUAUAUGUCUAAGAUGAAGGAGCAAAUGAUUAUUUUGUAUCAUGGAAUGUUUAUUGAUGCAAAAAAGCAACUGGAAAAUUUGGUUGAGUAUCAGAAAACAAAGCUUCAAAAAUUUGAAUCAAGGCUUAAUGAAAUUCUAAAUACUUUUAAGAAGGGAUUCAAUGAUUAGACAAAAGAGUUAAUUUUAUCACAUGGAGAGAAAUUCAUCAGUGUAAAUACUAAUCCAUUCGCUAAGGAAGCACUUAGAGAAUCUAUAAACAUAACUAAAAUAGAGAAAAACAAUCAAAAUAUGGAGAAAGUACUGCAAGCACUUAAUUAGUAUACAAUUCUAAUAGGUGAUAAACUUGGUAAAGUAGUCUAAAAAUUCGAUGAAAUGAGCAAUAAAGAAAAAAGUCUAUCACUUACAUAUGGCUAAUUGACUGCUGUUGCUAUAACACCGAUUGGACAAUAAGUUGGUUUUAAUUAGAUUAUUGACCAAAGUGAUAGAGAGUUGCUUGAGACUAUGCAAAGAUAAGCUGUGAAUUAAGACUUGCAAGAAAGCAUUAUUGGAAAUGAAAACAGAACAUUCUAGAGGUCUCACUCUAUGGGAUAUAAAGGAGUUCAGGAAGUAUAACAUAUAAAGCCAAUGCCAGUAUUACCUGGACAACCUUAGUUCAAUGAAAACUAGUAUCAGGAUGUGAUCAGAAAAAUGGAAUAAUCAAUUAAAUAACUUGAAUAGAAUAAUAAAGAUCUUGAGAGGAAAUAUAAAAAGUAUUAUGGCUAUACAAAAAAUCAUCUAAAUGAAAUGAAAAGUUCAGCACUUCCCAAGAAGGAGACUAAGUGA